GAUUGGUUUUCUACAUGUUAUGCCUAUUGAAAACAUAUUGCAAUUUCUUAUGUAAUUGGUGAAACUUGAAUAAGCAGGAGUAUUUUUAGGUUAUAUUUUUCUGGUGGUAAAGUAAAAUGUUGACAAUGUUUAAGGAAGUUAACAAAGAUUUAUUGCCUAUGAAGGGGCAUUAUUUCUUUUGGAAUGCAGGAACUGGCUCGGUCGUAACAUUUCUCUCAACCUAUGCUAAACAGUUGGGUUUUUCCAGUGUUAUUGUGGGUACAAUUUACACAAUACUACCAAUAUGUGGUAUGAUAGCCAAACCUUUGAUGGGGGCCAUAGCUGAUCGUUUUCAUUGCCAGAAAAAAAUAUUUUUAAUUUUCCAACUGCUAACGGCUAUUGCCUUCUUGUCUAUAUUUUACGCUCCUGAAAUUCCUCUUGAUAGACAAGUACACCUGUCCUGUGAUAGUGCUAUUGCAUUUAAUACUUAUAAUAUUAGUAUAGAUAGUUCCCUUAUAAAGCAGCUACAAAGUUCAGGGGUUGCUACAUGUAAUAUGGAUUGUGUGUCCAGUCCAAGAUUUCUGGAAUCGUUCUGUAACUAUAAUUACUGCAACAUAUCGGGCGAUACGAAAAACCUAAAUUUCGAAGCGUAUGUGCCGAAAUCUUUAACAAUUUUGGCUUCGGGGGACGCCUAUUUCAGAAUAUCCAAUAUUUCCGUGCAAGGCAGUCCUGUCUUCGCCCCAAAAUGCGAUAAAUUGGUGACCUCGACGUGCAAUAUAUUCUGUAACGAUUUUACUUUGAACGAAGUCCUAACCAAGAACACCAUACAGGAUAGCGAGGUUUUCAAGUUCUAUGAGUUUUGGGUGUUUCUGAUGAUGAUGAUUUGCGCGUGGGUUGGACAAGCCAUCGUCGUCAGCAUUGGAGAUGCCAUUUGCUUUGAAAUGUUGGGUGAUAGACCUGAAAGGUAUGGCCACCAAAGGUGUUUUGGAUCACUGGGAUGGGGUAUAAUAUCGAUACUAGUCGGAUUCAUAAUAGACGCAACCAGCGAGGGUUCGGCCAUUAAGAAUUACGUUUGGGCUUUCUACUUGUCAACUGUAUUUCUCUUACUGGAUUUCGGUGUAUCCUAUAGACUACCAUACACUCAGAAAAAACGGUCGCCUAGCAUACUCAAAGACGUCGCCAAACUCCUCAUGGACGUCAGGAUUUUCGUGUUCUUGCUGUGGUGCGUUUUCGUCGGUCUUUGCACGUCUCUGGUGUGGAACUUCCUGUUCUGGCUCAUCGAAGAUUUAGCCAAAGCCCAGGACAUGCAAUCCAACGUGAAAACCUUGGAAGGCCUCGUGUCCGCCAUACAGUGCCUACUCGGGGAGUUGCCGCUGUUCUUCCUCUCGGGCGCCAUCUUGAAGAGGAUCGGCCACGUGCACGCCAUGAGCUUGGUGCUUUUGAUUUUGGGCUUGCGGUUCAUACUGUACUCCGUCAUCCCCAACCCGUGGUGGUUUCUACCCAUAGAGUUGAGCAACGGUUUGACUUUCGGGUUGUUUUACUCCACCAUGGCUUCCUACGCCAGCAUAGUGGCGCCACCUGGCACCGAAGCCACCAUGCAGGGCAUGGUGGGGGCGGUUUUCGAGGGCGUGGGCGUGUCUCUGGGCAGCUUCGUGGCCGGGAUCCUGUUCAAGGAGCACGGCGGCGCGAUGUGCUUCAGGAUGUUCGGGAUAGGUUCGCUCGUCGCGUGUUUGCUGCACGCGUCCGUUCAGUUUUUGUUGUCGCGAAAAGAUUAUGAAACCAAAUAUGCGCAUCCUACCGAAGGAUUGGCACCACUGGAAGAAGAGGACGUCCAGGAGAUGACUUACGUGUAUGCGUAACUAAAAAAUUAAUUGAUAUUGAUUUGGUUCCUCUAUGCAACGUUUUUGUGAAUUUAGGAAAUUUUUAUUUAUUUUAUUUAGUAGAAUCUUUUUUUGUUUGUUACAAUCGUAUUUUAUCUCAAAUUUAUGUUUUGUUAUAUUUUUUAAUUUGCUCAAUUACAAUUAAUUAAUUUACUCGAAUAUAGUAUAAAACUUUCCCAACAAUAAAAUCAUCUUACCGCACUGAAAGAUGAACACAACACUUAAAAUUCAACCUCGAUUACUAUAAAUUAAUAAAGAUUGCCUUAACUGAUUGUAAUGUGCUUUAAAUUUAAAUUCGUAAUUCCUUUAUAAUUAUUGUGAUAACGUAUUUGAAUAGUCGGUUGCUAUUGUAAUUUUUAUCAGGGUAAUGAUAUCCAGAUUUUAUGGUUUUUUUUAUUUACGAAGUAUUUGGAAAUCUGGUUUCAA